UCAAACCUUCGCCAGUCCCAUCGCGGCUGCGAAGUGUUUGCACUUCAUCGAAGGCAAGGCCUUCGUAAGGAUGUCGGCAGUCAUCUCCUCCGUAGGGCAGUAGGAUAGCUCGAUCUUGCCCUCCGAGAUCAUGUACCGAAUGAAAUGGUACCGUAUGUCAAUGUGCUUCGUUCGCGCAUGAAAGCGGUCGUCCUUCGCAAGUGCGAUUGCCGACUGGUUGUCAGAAAGGAGAGGGAUAGGUCGCUCGGGUCCACCAAAGAGUUCAUGCAUGAAGGAGCGAAGCCAGAUGGCUUCCUUGCUCGCGUGCGUGAGCGCGACGUAUUCAGCCUCGGUCGUCGAGAGCGUGACAAGCUCCUGGCGUUUCGAGGACCACGAAACCACGCCACCGUUGAGCAUAAAGACGUACCCCGAAAUUGCAUGCCUGCCCUACGGUUGCCCGAUAGUCCGGGGCCUGGCAUUUUGCACGACGCGCCUCAGCCACAUCGCGUCGCUCGUCCUCCGCCUCUUCCAUAUCCUCUGGAACUCAUGUAAUACUCACUCUGCAGCCCCAAAAGCAUUCCUACUGCACCGAACGCACUGGGGACGUCAAAAAAGAGGUGCCGGCAAGUCCAUACUGGUCUGGAAACUCAAGAAAGCUCGACGACCCCGGGAAGUGGUAAGCGCCCGACAGUGCCGCGACUCGCUCGAACUUGGAUGCACAAGCUGGAGGAUACAACUACAUAUGAUGCAUGGCUUUUUUUACAAGCUUGUGAGAUGUUGAACAGGUGCGCAGCUUAACAUU